AUGCUUCAGUUGGUUGAUCGUCACCCGUUUCCUUUGGAUAAGCCGGAGAAUCUCUGGGGUCUUGUAUCUUCGUCUUCACUGGGCGCACUUCUCUUGUCUGGUCCAUUCUUCAAGAGGAAGUGGAUCCAUCUGGUGUGGAAACUGAAGACAUUUGAUCUAGAACUACCCCUCGCAAUCGAGCGGCUGCUCAACAAUGCUCUGGAUGAUGACACCCUGGAUGAUGGUUAUACAAAGAUACUGCAGAUAUCGGUUUACGUCGAGCACGCGAAACGAGAUGACAAAAUAAGUCCCCGCGCCAACGUCAUCAAAGGUGUCCCGGAUUGGGACACCAUCGUCAGGGAGGAGGUAGCAGGAAAGCAUAUCAAGAGGGUUCAAGAAGAAGCCAAGACUAGAGAGAAUAUGAUCGUAACAGUUUCUGCAUCGUCGGGAAUCAGGAUCAAAAUGCAAGAUGUCGUGCAAGGGUAUAUAGCCAAAGAGGUGGAGAUGGUAGAGCUGGACUACCAGCCAGACGAAUAG